AUGAUAAUUCCCAAUUGGAAUAAGAGAAUCUUGAAAUUUUCUAAUUUUAAGAACAAAAUUAAAGUUUCCUUUGUCAUUUACGCAGAUAUAGAAUGUCUCCUAUUAAAGUAUUCCGAUCCUACCAUUCCAACGGCGAACAUGAGAAAAAUUCAACAUCAUGUACCUUAUAGUGUAGCUUUUCUACUAAAAUGUUCAUAUGAUGAUUCAUUAACACAAUUUAAAAUUUAUACAGGAGAGGACUGUAUAUCCUGGUUUGUUAAAGAAUUAGGGUUAAUCAGUAAAAAACUGGAUGAUAUCUAUUCAAACGUUGUUCCAAUGACACCUUUGACAAAUCUAGAAGAAAAUCAAUUUUUAAAUGCAGAAUUAUGUUAUAUUUGCACACAACCCUUUUCAGAUGAUGAUAUUAAAUGCAAAGAUCAUUGCCACAGGACUGGAACCUAUAGGGGUCCUUCACAUCAAUGUUGCAAUUUACAGUUACGUGAAACUUUUAUGAUACCUAUAGUAUUUCAUAAUUUGGGAUAUGAUAGUCACUUCCUAAUUAAACAUUUAAAUACGGACAUUGAAGGAAAUUUUCAAAUAUUACCUCUAAAUAAAGAAAGAUAUAUUUCCUUUACAAAAUUUGUACAAGGUACUAAAUGCAGUUUACGAUUUAUCGAUUCCUAUAGAUUUAUGUCUGAAAGUAUCGAUAAGCUUGCCUCCUAUUUGACUACUUCUCAAAACAAAAUUUUAAAAUCGUUUUUCCCAAAUGAAAUCCAAUUUAAUUUGUUGACACGAAAAGGUGUUUUUCCUUAUGAGUAUUUAGAUUCUUGGGAGAAACUUAAAGAUGAAAAUUUACCUCCUAAAAAUGCUUUUUAUAGCACUCUUACUAAAACACAUAUUAGUGAUGAUGAUUACAAUCAUGCAUGCAACAUAUGGACAGAAUUUCAUAAUAAUACGUUAAAAGAUUUUUCGGAAAUUUAUCUAACUACAGACGUAUUAUUAUUAGGUGAUAUUGUUGAAAAUUUUCGGGAAACUUCUUUAAAAACAUAUGGCUUAGAUCCUCUUCACUAUUACACAGCUCCAGGAUUAUCAUUUGAUGCAUGUCUUAAGAUUACUGGAGUAGAAAUUGAGUUAUUAGAUGACAUAGAUAAAGUAAUGUUUAUCGAACGAGGUCUACGAGGAGGAAUUUCACAAGUAUCCAAUAGAUAUGGCAAAGCAAAUAACAAAUAUAUGAGUAAAGACUAUAAUGAACAAGAUCGUGAUUCCUACUUAAUAUAUUGGGAUUUUGUAAAUUUAUAUGGUACAAUAAUGUGUUUUUCUCUACCUUAUGGAGGUUUUGAAUGGAUAGAUCCUAAUGUGAUGUCAGAUAUUACAACCGUUGAUAAAAACUCUGAUAUCGGAUAUAUAUUAGAAUGUGACAUUAUUUAUUCAAAAGAACUAUUUAAUAUACACAAAGAUUUACCCUUAUGUCCUGAACAUCUAAUACCACCAAUAUCAAAAUCCAAAGUAACAAAAUUAUUAACAACUUUAUUUGAUAAAAAACACUAUAUAAUUCAUUACAGAGCUCUUCAACAAGCAGUAACACUAGGUUUAAAACUUGAUAAAAUUUACAGAGUCUUAAAAUUCAAUCAGGCACCUUGGGUGAAGAAAUAUGUUGAUCUAAAUACAGAACUUAGGAAAAAAAAGUAA